AUGCGUGGAGAUGCUCUUAUGUUGCUCCAGUGCGCGGCCGCGGCAGGCCGGCACAGUGGCCAGUGGGACUGUGGGAAGGUUAAAACCGCACCCCUCGAGCGUUCGCGCAGCAGGCAGGCAGCGAGCGCCAUGCUGCCGCCGUCGUCGCCGGUCCGGCGCCUGUCCGCCGCCGCGCCGCUGUCCGACCUCACGGACGCGCUCCUCGCAACCCGCCUCGCCAACCACCUGCUCACCACGCCGCACAUCCCGCCCGCGCUCCUCCCCGCCGCGCCGCUGCCGCUCCCCGUCCGCCUCCACAUCCUCCGCCACCCCUCCCUCCCGCCCACCUCCAAGCUCUCCUUCUUCCUCGCCGCCACGCCGCCAGCAUCAUCCCCGCUCCCGCUCCUCGCCGCCACCUUCCCCAUCCUGCUCCGCGCGCUCGCCACGCACUCCCCGCCGCUCCUCGACGCGCUCCUCCCCUUCGCGCUCUCCUCCCCGUCCCCCUCCCUCCUGCCGCCCCUGCUCUCCGCGCUCCUCUCCGCCUCCCGCCUCGACGCGGCGCUCACACUCCUCCAACACGCGCCUCCGGACCUCCUGCCCCGCCUCGCCGCCGCCGCCAUCCCAUCCCUCAUCGCGUCCCCCGACCCCAUCUCCGCCGUCCCCGCCAUCCGCAGGCUGCUCCCCAUCGCCUCCCACCCGCCGCACGUCCGAGCCACCAACCGCCUCCUCCUCGCCCUGUCCAAGGCCAACCUCUACGACGACUUCCGCCACGUGUUCGACGAAAUGUCGCGCAGGGGCCUCCCUUCCAACCUCCGGUUCUACAACAUCUGCAUCCACGCCUUCGGCAAGUGGAAGCGCCUGGACAAGUCGCUCAAGCUCUUCGCGGCGAUGAAAGCCGCCUCUCCUCCUCUUGCACCCGACAUAUGCACCUACAAUUCCGUCAUACGGGUCCUCGUGAUUGGCGGGAGGGUGGCCGACGCUCUGGUGGUCUUCGACGAAAUGAAGCUGGCCGGGAUUCGCCCAGACGUGUUCACCUACCGCGCGAUCGUCGACGGGUGCUGCAAGAGCUUCAGGAUGGAUGAUGCGCUGCGUAUGUUUCAGGAGAUGCGGGGGAGCACCGGGGUGAAGGGGGGUGUCGUGGUGUACAAUGCGCUUCUGGAUGGGCUCUUCAAGGCGAAGAAGCUUGACGAGGCGUGCGGUUUUUUCGAGACAAUGGUGGCGGACGGGAUCCAGUGCUCCGCGAGCACACACAACACCGUCAUCGAUGGGCUGUUCAAGAACGGGAGGGCGGAAGCAGCAUGCCGGCUCUUCUACGAGCUAAGGAAGAAAGGUCAGCUGCUGGAUGGGAUUGCAUACAGCAUUAUGGUUAGAGAGUUCUGCAAGGAGGGGACCGGGGACCAAGUUGCGGAGGCGGUCGGUUUGGUCAAGGAGAUGGAGGAGCGGGGCUUUGCUAUUGAUUUGGUCACCAUAACAUCGUUACUUAUAGGUUUUAACAAGAGUAGACGCUGGGAUCUGGAAGAGCAGAUAGUGAAGAUGAUAAGAGAUAGCUCUGUGUUGCCAGAUGCCAUUCGAUGGAAGUCCAACAUGAUGGAUGCCUUGAGAGGACCACAGGAUAGGGGGAAAGAUGGAACAUCCGUCUUUUCCUUUGAUGGUAAUAUGGAUGAUGUGAUGAGUUUGCUCAAACCUGUAGUAUGCCCUGAUACAAAUGAAGAAACAGCACGUAAUGAACCCAAGGAUGAUUGGUCUCUAUCCCCACACCUGGAUCAUCUCGCUAAACAUGCCGACAAAGUGAACAAUUCUGCUAUAUUUACAACACACAGAGGACAGAGGGUGCAAGGUAUGGGGGAUAAAACUUUUGAUGCUGACAUGGUUAAUACAUAUAUGUCAAUCUUCUUGGCCAAAGGAAAAUUGAGUGUAGCUUGCAAGUUAUUUGAGAUCUUCACAAAUCUAGGAAGGAGAGGGACAAGUUAUACAUACAAUUCCUUGAUGACCUCAUUUGUCAAGAAGGGCUAUUUGAAACAGGUGUGGUCAGUUCUGCAUGAGAGGGGCGGACAACUCUGCCCAAAUGAUAUAGCAACAUACAACCUCAUAAUUCAAGGUCUUGGCCAGAUGGGGAAAACGGAGGUUGCUAGCUCAAUCAUGGAUCAAUUGUCAAAGAAAGGUGUUUACAUGGAUAUUGUCAUGUAUAACACUUUGAUCAAUCAGUUGGGAAAGGCUGGAAAGGUUGAAGAAGCAAACUGUUUGCUUGACCAAAUCAUUGCCAGGGGAAUGAAACCAGAUAUUAUCACUUUUAAUACAUUGAUCGAUAUUAACGCAAAAGCUGGUAGGUUGAAGGAAGCUGACAAGUAUUUGAGAAGGAUGAUUGCAGAUGGCAUUGCUCCGAACCACGUGACGGAAACAAUAAUGAUCUUCCUUGAUAAGGAGAUUGAAAAGAAAAGACAGCAAGCUAAAUGAACUACCAACCAAUACAGUGAAGUCUUUUUCAAGGCACCAUAUUGGCCAAAGGAAACAUUUUUUGUGGCAGACUGUACUGAGAGGGAGCUCCAUUGUGAUAAAAUGCCAUGAGCGAAAGAAGAUGUUCGAGAUUACAAGACACGAAUGAAGCAUGCAUCUUCCAGACUUUUGAGCAAUGGGAACUGAAAAGAAGAUACUGUAUCUUCUUCUGCAUUAGAGAUGGAAAAUGGGGGAAACUGUUGCCCGCAUGGUUUAUUAAAGAACAGAGAUCACUUGAUUGAUUUACGUGGCCUCAUAAUACUUGAGCAGCUUCUCCCUAUGAUGCAAAGAGGUGAAUGGAAAAUAACUUCAGCUAGUUUUGAAAUCUCAUUGUUAAAUGUCAAUUUUUUCUUGAGUCGAAGAAACUGCAUGUAAUCUAAAGUCUAAGCACGUAGAUUGCCGUACUUUUUCAGAUUCCCUGUAUACCAGUUUGCCAUAAAGUUUCCAGUUGAAAUAGCAGAUAUGUCCAGCUCUAGUGCAUUUCUGAUUACACCCCAUAGUGGCCUCUUGUUUUUUUGAGAAAAUGCAAAAAGCCUUUGGGCUUCGUUUCAUUGAAAAGAGAGAGAGAUUGGUGUUA